UACCCUCUCUUCCACAGAGUUCAUCACUGGUCCUCUCACUAACCCCCAUGUAUGUUGUUAAGUUUAUCAUUGCAUUGCGAUGAGUUUGCCUCUACACUGUCUGCCCACCAGAGAGUGAUAUCCAUGAGAAUGAGUGAGUAGGUCUUAUGCGUGGGCAUCCCCUGUAUCCAGCUCAGGGCCUGGUACAGAGGAUAAAAGAUGGAUAAAUGAUAAGUUCUUUUCUUCCCCUGUUCACGAUGCUCAGAGAUACCGAUCAUUGAAGGUGAUGACGCUUAUUCCAAGAUAGCCUAUAACUCACAGGACUCCACAUUUAGCAAGUCAAUAAACAAACAGCUUCUUUAUGGGCAGAUAAACAACCUCGGGUCAACAAACCUUGGCAUAAUAAGAUGUUCCUCUGAAAAGUGUCCCAAACAGCAACGAGGAAAAGACGCGGGAGCUCAAAACAUCCUAUGCCCGUGAAGGGGUAUAAAAGACAGGGCCUCAGGGAGCUGUGCCAGUCAGGCAGCCACCUCGCAGCACUCACCAGGGAGCAGAGGCACCUCCAUCAUGUCUGGAAACUGCUGUUCUAGGAAAUGCCCCUCCGUGCCAGCCAUCUCUCUCUGCUCCACGGAGGUGAGCUGCAGAGGGCCCAUCUGCUUGCCCAGCUCCUGCCAGAGCCAGACGUGGCAACUGAUGACCUGUCAAGAUGGCUGCGGAGCCUCCAGCUGUGGCCCACAGUGCUGUCAGCCCUGCUGUUCCAUGAGCAGCUGUGGCCAACCUGUGUGCUGCGAGGCCACCAUGUGUGAUCCCUGUAGUUCUGUGAGCAGCUGUGCCCAACCCGUAUGUUGCGAGGCCACCACAUGUGAGCCCUCUUGCUCCGUGAGCAGUUGCUGCCAACCUGUGUGCUGUGAGACUGCUUCCUGCCAAGCGGUCCUCUGUAUGCCCACGCCCUGCCAGCCCAUCGUCUGCAAGCCGAGCUGCUGCCAGCCAGUCGUUUGUGAGCCCAGCUGCUGUCCGGCUGUCUGCACUGUGCCUAGCUCUUGCCAACCAGUGGUCUGUGAACCUGCUUGCUGUCAGCCAGUGUGCCCCACACCCAGCUGCUGCCAAUCCGACUGCUCUGCGGACAAUAGCUGCCAGGCUUCUUGCUGUGAGUCCAGUCCCUGUGAGCCAUCCUGCUCCGAGCCCAGUAUCUGCCAGCCAUCUCCCUGUGUGGCUCUGGUCUAUGAGCCAGUUUGCCUUCGCCCUGCCUGCUGUGUUCCGAGCCCGUGGGAACCACCUUGUGCCUCUAGCACUUGCCAAGAGCCCUCGUGUUGUGUCCCCAGCAUCUGCCAACCCAUCUGCUCGGAGCCCAAUCCCUGCUCACCCAGUGUCUGUGUGCCCCGACCAUGCCAACCUGCUUGCUACAUAGUCCAGCGCCCUCAGUCCAUCUGCUGUGAGCCUAUUUCCUGCCCAUCUACUUCCUGCCAGCCUCUCUGCUGCCGCCCGGGGUCUUCUGCAUCUGCCAUCUGCCAACCAACUUGCCCUCGGACUUUCUACAUACCUAGCUCCUGCAAACCGUCUUGCACGACUUCAGUCCCCUACCGCCCCAUCUACCGCUCAAUCUACCCUGGACCCUUCACCUGCAGGCAGCCCUAUGUGACAUCCAUCUCCUACCGCCCUGCCUGCUACCGCCCUGCCUGCUACCGCUCUUGUUACUCCAUCCUGGGCCGCCCGACCUACAUCACUUCAAUCUCCUACCGCCCGGUGAGCUCCUGCCUGUCUUGUGCUAACUCCUGCAAACGGGAUUGCAAGAAGUCCACUUCCAGCCAACCGGAUUGUGCUGACUCCAAUCCCUGCAAGGUGGAAGUCUCAGACGACAAUCCCUGCCAGCCCACGGAGGCCAAAGUCAGCAGCCCAACCACCCGUGAGGCCACAGCCAGCCAGCCUGCUGCCAUCAAGCCUGCCAACUGCUGAACGGGCCUCAGCCCAACAACACCUGCAAAGCAAACCUCCGACCAGAGAGGAACUUGACUGCCCUCCCGAAGUGCAGCAUGACGUAGCUAGAAUCUUUUUCUUUCUGCAGCAUCACUCACCAUCUGCCUAUGUUUCAAGUAACUCUUCAGAAAGGACAGUACCCGAAUGGCCCACAUGAAGGCCUUGGGGGCACUGAGAGGGCACUCUGGGUGCCUGUCCGCUGCUGUCAUCGAGCUGUGCCACAUGAUCUCUUUCCUGGCUACAUUUCUGCCAGUCCUCCUGCCUCUGCUCCCCUGCUGUCUAUGCUCAUGCUCCUUGGGGGCCUCCUCAGUGAGAGAAGGAUACUUAAUUGUCCAAUAAACAUGGCUACGUUGAAGCGA